UGGAGAGGACGGUUAGUCGAGAAAACAUAGUAGGGAACAAUCAUUUAGUUGAGGAAACACUUGAAAUGAACUGGUCUCUAUUGCUACAGCUGCCUUUUGUCACCUUCUCCUACUUUCAGACGUGUUAAAAAGUUGUCAUAGUAAAUAACGCAUUGAGACACUUUCAGCCACAAAGUUUCAAUAAUUGAAUUUGGACUAUUUUAAAGGGUAACAAAGAAAGAGAGAAAAAAUGGUGUUGGAGAGGACGGAUGGUCGAGAAAACAGAGUAGGGAACAAUCUGAGUUGAGAAAACAGUUUCAAGUGUUGAAUGAAUGGUGUCUAUAAAUAGAAGCUACUCAUAAAAGCAUUAGGAUCACACAAAACUCAAAACAGCUUUUACCAUACUAAACAAAAUGUCUUCUCCAAUUUCUACAAAUCUUGUUCCAUCUCAACAUGGUAACACCUCCAAGGAAAAUCGUCAUUUGGCCAAUUUUGAACCUAGCUUUUGGGGGGACAUUUUCCUCUCUUCUCCUUCUCAAAUAGUAUGUUCAGAAGAUAUGGAUGCUGGAACUCAACAAGAGUACGAAGAAUUGAAGCAAGAAGUAAGGAGAAUGUUGGUGGCAAAUAUGGAUAAAUCGUCCCAAAAGUUGCAUAUAAUUGAUGCAGUCCAGCGCUUAGGUGUGGCUUACCAUUUCGAGAAAGAGAUAGAAGAGGCCUCGGAAAUUAUAUACCAUCAUCAUUGCAAUCAUAGUGAGAUUGAUGGUGAUGAUCUUUACACUACUGCUGUUCGAUUUCGCCUACUAAGAGAGCAUGGUUUCGAUGUUCAUUGUGGUAUGAUUUAGUUUUUUGAAACCAAAUGUGGUCACAAAAAAAAAGUAUUUUUGAUUAUUUUAAAAUUAAAAAUUUAGUCUCUAUGUUUUAAUUUUGAGACAUUAAGUCCCUGUAUUUUUAUUUAAAAA